AUGUCGAACCUUGAGCCAUUGACAACGCAGCCGGACUGGCGGGAUGCGUAUUCUCAAUACCUUCCAUCCACCGAGACUGUUCUAUCACCUCCAUUUGAACAACCAAUAACCUCGCAUCAUGUGGAUGCGCCUAUUACCAACGAGCUCUUUGCAGCACGCCCUCCUCUGUCACAUCGGCACAGCCUGGCUCAAGUUGGGGACAGGGAAGAAUCAUUUUCAAACCCACCAACUGAGCGCCCAGAUUCUGCUCCUCCUGUCAAUGUCCUGAAGCAGGAUGGCUUUAGGCUCCUAGAGCCGGCGAACCUACCCGAACUUCCUGCUAACUCAAAGUCGAGCCCCACGCUGGAAGUAAAGACGGAGGUUUCUGGCCCACCAGCAGAAAAUCUCGGCCAAGGCGAGGUUAAGGGAGAAGAAGAUGACGAUGAUGAUGACGACGAUAUGCUUGAUGGUGAAGAGGCAGUUGGAGAAGGUAGGCCUCCACAAACAGAGGCCAAACGUAGAACGGAACGGAGGAAGAUGAAACGAUUUAGACUUACACACCAGCAAACUCGAUUCUUGAUGAGCGAAUUUGCAAAGCAAGCCCAUCCGGAUGGGGCUCAUCGGGAGCGUCUCUCACGAGAGAUCCCCGGCCUAAGCCCCAGGCAGGUCCAGGUUUGGUUUCAGAACAGACGUGCAAAAAUCAAGCGUCUCACAGCCGAUGACCGGGAGAGGAUGAUGAAUAUGAGGACCGUCCCCGAUGACUUUGAUAAUGUGCAGGCACUUCACUCACCCUACGGUGCCGUGCACGGUAUUGGCACUCCAUUGCAGCCUGUAGACUAUUCUCAGAACUACGGAGAUCUAGGCAUGGGAAUGCGCCCGUUGAUGGUUGAUACUAUGAGACGCCAAGAACACGAGGAGCAUCUCUCGCCAACGGGCCUCAGUCCCGCAUUUGGCCAUGUUGGAUUUGCCUCCCAGGGCUCAAUAGGCUCGCCUGAUAUGCUCUCACCUCUUUCUCUUGGUGGUGAUAGAUACUACUCAAACCACUUGGCAAACCCAGGAGGCACAGGAGCUCGAAAUUCAACUGUGUAUAAUCGUCAUAACAGUAUGGACGGCUACGGUAUGCAGGCGUCCAGCAGACAAGGAGCCCGGCCGUUACAGCCAUUGCAACUACGAGAGACAAUAUCCAGAUCUAGGUCGGAGUCACUACAAUCACCUCUACGCUCUAGCAUGUUGUGGAAGGGAGAUUCUAUAGAUUAUGCAAGCUACCCACCACCAGGUCCCCAGAGCCCGUCCAUUAAUGGGCGACAGGCAUCAAUAUACCAAGGCGACCAACCAGGAGGGAAUGGAGUUAACCAGCAGCAGCAAUACGGUAACCCUACAUAUCCAAACUCCAAUAUCCACACAUCUCCAACUCACCUCACAUACCCGACAUCUCAUUCAGCCAAUACCCAACCCUCCACACCGCCUGUCUCCCGCUACCGAGCUUCCCCAGCAACCUUCCCAUCCGGCCUUGAUCUCCGCAGCCAAUACCGCUCAGUCUCUUCACAGAGCCCUAACCAACCCAUCCCCGCCACUGCCCGCGCGGCUACAUUUGCUAGUGCCUUCAGUAGUGGCGGCUUCCAGAGCGCUCCCCUUAUGGCUCCCACCGAGUUCCACAUCCCCAGGACUCCAGUCGACGCUGGACCUCGGGAAUACCACCUUUCACAGCUCAGUGCGCCCAUGGCGCAAGCAACGGACUUUGCUGCCGCAUAUUCGCAGAGCAUGAGUCCAGGUCGUCCAGCGGCGACAGAGCAAAGUAACUGGGCAGACAGCACCAGGGAGUAG